GUACAUAUCGUCCCUCUCCCUUUAGCGCCUCCGUCGAUUAUACCAUUACGGUCUUAUGGUUGGAUUUGGGCGUACAGCUGCUUUCAGUAGUGAAAACUAUUGACCUUCUUAGCACUUCACCCACUGCGUGCAAGGUAUCAAUCUUCAAAUAUGGGCUUACGCGAUAACCCUGUGGCUAUGGUUGUCGGUCACGUCAUUUGCAUUUUAUUUGCGGCUCUUCCUGUCCAGCUCUUCUAUUUCGUGGGUAAGCCUUACAAACGAGGUUUUUUUUGUGACGAUGAAUCUUUAAGACACCCGUACCACGAAAGUACCGUUACCAGCACCGUUCUAUAUAUCUACGGAUUCGGACUUCCAAUUUUAACAUUCAUCAUCGUGGAGAUUCUCAACGUACGUCUAGGGCAGCCCAAUCUCGAACCCCAAUUUGAAAAACCAUUCCUUCGGUACCGUGUGCCCAGCUUUAUUCAGAACAUUUAUCAAAAUACAUGGCCGUUUCUUCUCGGCGCAACUAUUCAGCAGAUGGUCACUGAUAUCGCCAAAUACACCACUGGACGGCUUCGUCCACACUUUAUUGCGGUAUGUAAUCCACAAUAUCUCGAUGAAUUGUGUAAACUGCCCUAUAAAUACAUCGUGGAUUUCGAGUGCAAUACAAAGUAUACCGAGAAGCACCUUAAGGAAAUGCGAUUGUCGUUUCCAUCUGGACACUCCUCAUUCUCAAUGUUUUGUAUGCUUUGGAUCAUUCUUUAUUUAGAGAAGAGGUUGACCGUACCGUGUGUCAUGCUUCAAGCUGGAAAGGUUAUUCUUCAGUCGCUGUUCUUUUACAUAGCCUGGUUUACUGCCAUGUCGCGUGUAUCCGAUUAUAAACAUCACUGGAGUGACGUCUUAUCAGGAAUGCUCAUAGGUUCUGUGACUUGCGCUGUUGUAUUUACAAAAAUCGCACCGAUCAGCAACAUCAAAUUUUACAGCUGCAGCGUACGCCAAGAUCAGGAUCCGUCAGAACCGCUCGAACAGAUUCAGCAAGGUAACGGCGAGACACAAUACAUUGCCAUUCAUCGACAACAGCAUCAACAAGCGCAUCCGCAGCAUCAGCAGCUGAGAUUGCAUACGAACUAUCAAGACCACGAAGACAGACUUUCGGUCGAGCCUUUAGAGCGUAACCAUUCAGUUCCGGCUUAGAUUCAUGUGGUCUGUGUGUCGGGAACAAGUAAAGCUGUUUUAAUCUGGUCGCAGUUCAAUCAAAACUAGAAUUACUGUUUCAAGCGUCGCAAUUCGCAAUAUACUGAAUUGUGAAGUUACUAAAAGUCACAUAAGAGUUGGUUUUAAUUGUUUUGUAAGUCAUUGAGGGGACUUACGAAAUUUUAAAAGUUAAUCAACAGCUAGCUUCUGCGCCAACGUACGAGUUGAUUUAUUGAACAACGCUCCCAAAAGUCUGCUAUUUGCUUUUUGUAUUCUGUCCAGUAACCUCAGACAGCAAAUCAAGUUACGUUUUGCCUAAAAGGGCUACAAUCAUUUGUGACGUUGCCAUAGUUCUAAUUUAUUUCUCGAACGGAAAAUACUUUACUUUCGACGGUCGAAAUUAUGAGUUGCUAAACGUUUAUGCAUAUUAUAAAGCGGCUCCUAUCUGUCGAGUAUUUGUGUCGAAAGUUGUAUAUUUUUCAUUUGUGUAAUAACUAUGAUAUUUGAGAGUGAAUAGGAAAAUCUCAACUUACUAGAAGCUGAACUUUAGGAUUUGAUUAAAGAUUUCAAGAGUCUGUUUUUAUUUUCCCCCAAAUAGGCUUAAUGUAACGUUUUGCUUCGACGAAAAAAAUCGAAUGAAAUACGUUAAAAAAUAAGGUUAAGGGUAUCACAAAAUGCAAUAACAUUAGAAAAAAGGUUACUUCACAGUCUCGUUCGAUAACCAAUUUCAUCCGAACUGUGUUUUUUUUUUGUAUGCACAAUAUAUGGAACAUAUUUGGGUUAAGGUCUGCCUUCUUGCUACGAAUGCACCGUGCCACCGGUAUUGUUAAUACUAAGAAUGAGCAGCAAUUACCAGAACAAACCGAAGCCUAUUUUUCAUUUGCCUAACCUUUAGUUCAUUAUAAGGUACCAUUUAUUAAUCUCUAUGGUAUAAUGGCUACACGUUUGUACUCGCACGAAUCCGUUAACUCCGUGUCUCAUUUAUGGGUAAUUUUAAGUCAACGUCAAAUGAAGUCGACGGCAUGGAUUACAAGGUAGUGCCGUCCUCAAGGUUUUUUAUCGGAAGCGUUGCCAGGUAUUAAUGAAAUAUUAUUACCACUUGUAUUCAAUGAAUUGUAUUAAUCUAUCGAUUAGAACGACAAACUAAAUCCCUCGAAAAUUCUAGAAUGUGUUUAAUAUGCAGUGUACGCAAUGUCAAUACUUUAGUUGUGGCUAAAGUCAUGAUUAAAGUCGAGCAAGUCCUAAGAUCAACAACCUUUGGGCAUUAGAGACAUUCUCAUAGAAAGGCUGCUUAAGCUUUAAAUUUCGUAGAUGUUUCGGUGCUGGGUUUUCCACCGGAUGUCAUCUUUGCAGUGGCGGUUUAGUCUAACCUUAGGUUUUUUCUACCAAAGUUUAGUUCCGGUAGUAUUUUUAUUAUGGCUUGAAAACUAGGGAACGUUAUGUUGUAUGAAUAUAUAAAUUAGAAGUGAA